UGUCACUGCUGAGUCCACAGUGACAAGACCGGCGCACUUCACUGCUCUGUUCAUUUGUGCUGCGGAGAAAGAUCGUCGACGUUUAAAGCCUCCGAUUAUGUGGCGCUGUCAGCUGGCUUGCGGGCUGUUGCUCCUGACGUCAGCGACAACAUCCUGGGCUAAGUUAGGUACUUUCUGGCAUGUCAGUGACUUCCAUCUCGACGUGAAUUACACAGCGGGCGAUGGCGACAAGACGAAGAUGUGCUGGAAGAAAACGGGCCCAACGGGGGGAAGUGGACCCGACCCCUCCCAGCCAGGGACCUUCGGCGACUACGAAUGCGACGCUCCACUUGCUCUGGUGGAGUCCGCGGUGGAUGCGAUGAAGAGCCUCCACCCGGACCCCGACUUCAUCUUGUGGACUGGCGACGACACAGCCCAUGUGGACGACAAGUAUUUCUCAACAGCAAAAGUUGUGGAUAUCAUCACCUCACUCACUAACGUCUUAAAAGCAAGAUUUCCAAAGACUCAUGUUUUGCCGGUGUUGGGCAAUCACGAUUAUUAUCCCAAGAACCAGGUUCCACCGAAGGAAAAUGAGCUGCAGACCCAAGUUGCUGACCUGUGGAAGGAUUGGUUAGCAGACGAAUAUGGACAGUUCAAAUUUAGUGGCAGCUAUUCCCGCGACAUAUCCAACACCAGCGUGAGUGUCGUGGCUCUUAAUACCCUCAUUUGGUACAAGAGCAACCAGGAAACGGCCUCAGUAAGUGAUGACGACCCAGCCCAACUGUUUGAGUGGGCCGACGCGACCCUGAGUGACCUCGCCAAAAGAAAACGGAAGGUGUACAUUAUGGGCCACAUCCCGCCGGGUACCUUCGAGAGAUACCAACAGAAGAAGGAAGGAUUCCACUGGUACCAAGACAGGUUCAACAAGAAGUAUAUUGAGCUGGUACAGAAACACGCCGCUGUCAUCAAGGCACAAUUCUUCGCCCAUCACCACACAGACUCCUUCAGGUUGUUCUUCGACGCGGCCAACGCCACCCACCCCAUCUCCUACAUGCUCCUAGUGCCAGGUGUCACUCCCUGGCGCUCUUCUCUCUCGGAGGAAACCGGUGCCAACAACCCUGGCAUCAGACUUGUGACUUAUGACACUGAUACUGGCUUGGUGAAGGAGGUAUCCACGUACUACCUGGACUUAACCCAAGCCAAUAGCAACGAAAAAGCAAACUGGAAACUGGAAUACAACUUCACAACCGAAUACCACCUGAAAGCCAUCAACCCCACGACACUCUACAACCUCACCAAAACGAUGAAGACCAACAGGGCCCUCUUCGACCGCUACUACACCGCCAACACCGUGAGUUUGGAGGACCCCGAAGUCUGCCAGGCACAGUGCCAACAGCUCCACUGGUGUGCCAUCACCGAGGUCGACUACGAGAGGUUCUAUCAGUGCAAUGCGGCCUCUUCGAUGUCUUCUUGGGCAGCUGGCACGCUGGCAGCUGUUGGGGCGUUGGUCCUGAGGCAUCGGCAGGCUGGGUAGUGGGAGAGAGGGGGUGGGAGGGCGGUUAGGAAGAGGCUGAGUGGGGUGUUUCGGGAGGUGUGGGGUUGAGGGCGUGGGGGUCCUUUGUGUGCGUGGGGUUGAUGGUAGUCUGUCCUUCUCUUUGCCUGUCUUUAUCUCGGUCUCAGUCUCUUUUUUUUUUUUUACUUUUUUUCAGACUAUUUCUUUCUUUCUCUCUUUUCUCUCUCUCUCUCUCUCUCUCUCUCUCUCUCUCUCUCUCUCUCUCUCUCUCUCUCUCUCUCUCUCUCUCUCUCUCUCUCUCUCUCUCUCUCUCUCUUUCUCUCUCUUUCUCUUUUUCCCCUUUUUUGAAGAGGUUCUUUUUGCUAUGUGCUAAUAUUUCGAAGUCAUACUAUUUUUUUCUCCACUUUUUGGAUUUCAUUUCUUUUAAAUUGUGUUCUAUGCAGUGGGCGAAUUAUCAUUUUAGAUGCAUAAAAGGAAUACAUGAAAUGCAAAUUGCACCACCUUCAAUUAGUGAUUUGUAUGCAGGUGUCUCAUUCGACGAACAAAUAAAAGAACAAAAUAUAUAAAUAUAUAAAAAAAUAUUAAGAAA